CCACGCGGACUGAAGGAGAUAUCGUCCCUCGCAUCCUGGACUGUCAGCACGAGCAAGCCUGGCUGCGGUGUCGCUGCCCUACGCCACCCAUCGUCCUCGCUCUUCUGGCAAAGCGAUGGUCCACAGCCCCAUCUACUCACCGUGCACUUCUUCAAGCAAGUCGCCGUCGCUCACAUCCGCAUCUACCUCGACUUUGAGAACGACGAGAGUUACACACCAACUCGUAUGCAAUUUUGGGCAGGCACUGGCCUCCACGAUCUCAUCGAGUUUGCCGAUAUGCAGUUCGAGCAGCCUCGCGGUUGGAUUUCUGUCGAUUUCUCGCAGGUCGGACCUAUCGAAGAAGAGGACAGCGAGGAUCCCGAUUCUAUCGACUGGAGCAAGAGGCCUCUGCUUCGCUGCUUCAUCCUCCAGGUUCGCAUCCUCGAAAACCAUCAAAACGGCAAGGACACCCAUCUUCGCGGUUUGCAAAUUUUU